AUGUUGGAGGCUUAUCUACGUGCGGUUCAGGAGGCUCGUGCCUCAUUCGUUGCCUUCGUUAAGCAGUGUGUAAUUAGAAGCGGUGAUAGAAACGAUGUUCUGAUUGUUGAUGCGGCCCUACAGAGUAUUGAUUCUGUGGUUGUGGCUGGGUUUGAUCUAAACGAAGCAAUUUCUAAACUGAAAUUGGAACCAGCGUGGCAUCUUGAUCAUGGCACAAGUGUAGUGUUAUCGAAGCGAUAG